AUGUUAUUUAAUCUCAAGAAAACAAUUUAUUGCUAGCAACUUUCACGUUCUCUUGUUUACACAUCUAUCUCAAAACAAUUUGAACUUUAGGAUAGAGUUGCUUUGCAAAUACUAUGCCAAGGCACAUUAUCAAAAAAUACAUCUAAAUAAAUCCUAAAGUAACUUUAUUUUCAUAAGAAAUAGCAAUCUGAGUAAAUUCAAAAUAUAAAAAUAAGCUUAAACUAAAUACUGUUAACACUCCUUCGAUUAUUAAUAGUAUAAUCCUGUCGGAUUUGGAGCAUAAUUUAUAUUAGUAGGUUAUAUAGAAAGAACUUACAUUGCUGAAAGAAAUUAAUAACAAUUACAAAAUUUAUUCAGUUUAGAAUUCUAUUAAUACAAUAUGGAAAAACAUUGUUCUGGAAAUAUCUAAGGCAAUAAAUUUUACUUAUUAAAUUACUUAAAUUUUGUUAUUCUGACUAUUGCUACAUAUACUAAAUAAUUUUAGUAAUAAGCAAAGGCACAUCAAAAAUAUUGA